UGACGUCAGGCAGUACUAGGAAAUAAAACAGAUGUAAUUGUUAUUGUUAGCUUGUUAGCUAACAGACUAACUCGUCAAUGGGGAUAUGACAGAGUAAUAACGUCUUAUUACACGUGCACGAUUAAGUUAUUACAAACGCAGAGUGGUAUGUACCAGUUUCUUCAGAAUACGGCGUUAACAUAAGGUUCUUACAAAUCAGAACGACAUAGCUGGCUAUUUAAGUGUCACGUGAUGAUGAAAGUGUAAUUUUAUAUAUCAUCGUAGCUGCGAUCUUGCUAACGUUUAGCCACCCUAACAGCGCAGAGCUAAAGAUGUAGCCCCCAUAUUACCAGGCCGCUGCGAAGUUAUCCAUAAGUAACAUGUGCAGUUUGACUGUGUCACAUCUUCGUUGCAUCUAUAAGAGUAUUUGACCUGAUUGCAUAAAAUACGACAGACUACAGAAUGAAAUCCAUCCUGAGAGCUGAAUAUUUUCCAAGUAAUGGGAAAAAGGGGGAUUAUAUAUGGGAUGUUUAUGUGUAAAGCAUCAGUCCUAGCACAACUCAGUGAAAUUUUUGAAAACAUGACAUUGAUCAUAACUCCUUUUGUUUAUUUAAGAUUGAGAUGGAGGACGGAAAUGGGGCUGAUGCUGCCUCCACAUCCAAGAGCCACGCAGGUUCACUUCACCUGCAGAGUGAGGUUCCUCCAAAACUACAAAUAAAUGUGAUUUUUACACCACUUGUUAUACAUCACAAGUAAUACUGUACUUGUUUUAACUUUUCAGCUCCAAAAAACGAGGACACCUUUGAAAUUGCAAUUCCAUAUGAAGAGGGCAACUUUGAACAACAAGGAUUUUUCAGUCAGAGUGAUCAGAAUUUUGAUGGUGAGUAUUAGAGAAUACAAUUCACUCUUUCAGAGCAACGGGUAAAGUCUUAUCAUUACCCUUGUUUGUAACCCCCAGAGUCACCCCAAACAAGUGCCUCUGCUCCAGUCAACAACUCCUACAUGGUGAUCACCAACCUUCGGACCCAGCUGCAGAUCUCCUUGGAGAAAAACUCUUGGCUGCAGAAAAGAAUCGAGGACUUAGAAGAAGAGAGGGACUUCCUCCGAUGUCAGCUAGAUCGCUUCAUCUUUUCCACCAAGAGCCCGGGACAAGAACGGAGGCAUAGCCAUUAUAGCAAUGGUGAGAACAGGUGGCAGGUGUGCACUGAUAUCCCAUCCAAGACUUGGGGUACAGUUUGAUUAGAGACAGAACUAUUCAAAGCAAGUCUCUGAGGAUGGUAAUUCUGGCGUCUUUGUAUUUUACAGGUUAUGAACCUAGAAGAUUCAGCUGGAGGGCUAGGAGAGAGGAAGUUCCUUCAGCAGGUAAAACUUGAGAGCUAAAUCAUAAUCAGACAUGAAAUACAGCUGUGCUUAAGUGCAGCUUUGUGCAGUGAACUGUACAACUACAACUGUUUCAAUUACUGUCACUUUCUUCUCCUUAUAGAGCAACAGAAGACCAAUUCACAGCACUUCUCUCCACGCCCAUUUAUCCAACGAAGGCCUGGUCCACUGACCAUGGUUCCCUCCAAAAACCACAUGCCCAAUCCACUCAACAGCCAGCUUGCCUCCAUAAAUGUUUUGUUCAACCCCACACAAUCCCAGGGUCUCCUACAAAGCCAUAACCCGGGCACUCCCAGCACCACAGCAGGGAGCAGCAGUGGAACCAACAACAAUGCUUCAAUGUCAUCCAUUAAUGAAAUGGGUGGACAUAACAUGGAGCAAGGUAGUUGGAACAACACAUAACUUUCUACUAUUGUAAUUGUACUUUUUUUUUUUUGUAAAAUUAGGCAGAGAUGGUGCCUAUCUUUUUGUCUGGUUGGCCUUAAUGAUAUUUUACAUUCUUCCCAGAUUCACUUUCACUUGUGGAAGAAUCUGAUGAGUACCUGGAGCAGGACGGCUUUCUUGAGGAGGAGGAAAUGAUAUCAGGAGGAGAUGUAAUGUCAGAAACCAUAAACAGCAACAGACACCAAUUAAAGAGGAGGCGUAUCCUCAGAGUCCCAAGAGAGCGGCAGAGAGGUGAGAAAGAAAACAGAAUUGUAAAGUCAGUUUCAUUAUACCCUGCUAUGUCAAAAGGAGUGUUAUGGCUAACUCUCUUGUACAUGUUUGUUUAUCAGUGAAAGAUGCUGCCGGGGUGCUGUUUCGCUACAAAAAGAUCCUGCUUACAUACCAGCGGUUGAAAAAUAUGUCUAAAGCCUUCCAAAUCCAUGGUGUGGAUCGCAACACAGUGGCUUCUACAACACCUAUAGCUGAGUUGCUGCUAGUAGCCCCAGAGAAGGUGGUAGAAGUGGGUGAGUUUGACCCAUCAAAGGAGAAGCUGUUGGACUAUGCUCGACGUUGCUACACUGCUUUGGAUGAGGAGACACUAAACAGGGUGCAGGCCCUGAAAAAGAAUAACCUGCUACUCCCCAUUUCCUACAGGUUUAGACACUAAAGGAGGACUGAGUUGUAGUGAUUGUUGGGAACUUGUUUAAAAAAAUGGGUCAACUGGGUACUGCAGCACCAGGUCGGCUCCAUUCAAGCCACAGAUCAGUCUACAGGCUGAAGGAUUUAUUUUGUAUUUCGGUGUCCUAGAUCUGACCAUGUAAACUGUGUAUAACACUCUUUGCUUUUCAGGAAAAAAAAGAAAACAUUUCACUUAGCAUUUUUAUCAUCAAGUUGUUGUGCAGGAUUAUCAGUGUUUUCUGUAAAUCCUGACUAUGUGUAUAGUGAUGGUAAGGAUCUGCCUGCUGCAGCUAAAAGGGCAAAGACAUGUUUUUUCCUGAGCACAAAUUGCACGUCUGUUUGAAUCCCAAUGUGUCUUUGCUUUAAGAUAAUGUUUUAGGGAUUAUUAAAUGAGUGCAACCAAUUCAGCUCAUUCAUGUUUCAGCUGUGGGGUUCGCUGAGACAUGAUAAGCUUUUCUGCCCUGAGCAUCUAAAUCAGCUGGUGGUCAGUAUUUUAUAAAUUGAUUGUCUGGAUCAUUCUGGUUCCUCUGUUAUCUCAGCAGUCUUCUGUGCAUAUUUUUAACAAUCACAAAAUUAAUGUACCUUCAAUCACAGUGUCUGUGUCAAAAUUAUGUUGCACACUUUUUUAGAAUUACUUUUGUAAGCCAAUCAGUUUCGUUAAAUGUGCUCUUAGUGUUUUUAUUGCAGUAUGUCAUUGUCAUUUUUCCCAAAAUCAUUUUCCUUGCCUUAAUGCCUUUUUUUUGUGGAUUACCAGCUGAAAGAUGUAAUAGUUUUGGGUCACUCACUCUCUUAAAACUGAGUGAAUGGCUCUGAUUUUGGUUUGCAUUCCUUGUGGUCCUAAAAGAGGGAUGCACUUCAAAAGAGGAUCAUAAAUGGCCCAUAGUAAAGACUAGUCCAACACUAUAUGGUCCAAAUACUUUACUUUUAGAAGUUAUUUUCUGACAUCUUUGGCUGUAUUUUACAGGACAGCUGAAGACAGGAAAUAAUUGAAGUAAAGUGGAGGGGGACACACCAUUGGGCCGUGGCUGUGAGAUGAACCAGUGACCACUGCGCUGUGGGCUGUAGCCUCUGUAUAUAAGGCAAACUGUCAAACCACUAGGUUGACUGGCACCCAUAAAGACGCUUGUCUGACAGUAACAUAAGUCUGGCAAAAACAGACCCUUGAUUUUAGUGAAAAAUCAAAGAAAGACAAACAAAUGUUUAUAAUGUUGUAUGUUCAACUAGUCAUUAUAAUAAUAACACUUGUUCUGUUUGAACCAGUUUUUGCAUAAAUACUGUGCCAUUAAUCUAUUAUCCUACAAAGGACUGUACCAAUACUAUUUGUUUGAAUAAAAAAAAACAAUAAUAAUAAUA